AUGCCGCACUGCGGCCGCGCCCUCUACGAGGCGCUGCUGCGCGCCAACUGGAGUGCGCGCGGCCUCGAGCGCCUCGUGCUGCUCUGCAACGCCUUUGCUCGCUAUGCCGAUCUCGCAAUCAAACUGGAGACCGAGUCUCCCUGUCUCUCUCGUAUCCUGCCGCACCUGCACGCCGAGCCGCUGCCUUCGCUGCCGCCGCCGCACCACGAUGCGCUCAACGACGUGUGCCUGCAGCGCUUCGCCCCGCGCGCGCCCGACGGCGCGCGCAUCGAGCCGAGCGCGCUGCCCGCAAGCUUCUGGCAGCUGCCGCCGCCGCCGCCGGCAAGCGAGGACGAGGGGCGGAAGGGAGACGAGGAGGUGCAAUGA